AUGUCGCGGAUCAAAGCCUUGUUCUCCAAGUGUGCAGGCUUCUCCGGCGGCCUCAUCAGUGGCAAUGCGGAGCUCCCGCAACUUCUCAUCCUCGGCCUCGACAAAGCCGGGAAGACAACUCUUCUUUACAGGCUGAAGAUCGGAUCAGGUUGGGGCGACAUCGUUGAAGAUAUGAAGAAGAUGAGGACGCCGGAUGCCGAUGGCAAGGUCGAGGAUCCCGGAUACCACUACGAGGAGCUCAACCGCUCCUUCGCGUGCGGAGUGUGGGAAGUGCCCGGGACAGAAGCGAUGAGGCCGGUCUGGAAGCUUUUUUACCAGUCCAUCAAGAUCCACUGCGUGGUCUUCGUGGUGGAUGCCAACGACAGCGAGCAGAGGAUCAACAUGGCAAAGAGACACUUGCACGUCCUGAUGAACGAGGCCGAGCUACGCAAUGCCUGCUUCUGUGUCAUCAUCAACCAGAGGGUGGACGCUUCUGGAAACCUUGUCUACGAUGACAAGGAGGACGUGCUCAAAUACAAGCUCGGCCUCCAUGAUCUCCACCCCUCUGUCGAUUGGAGAACUAGGCACUUCGUCAUCAACAUCCUUGAGAUCAAGGGCGAGUCCGACAAGGAGUGGCUGAACGUCAUGAGCUUCACCAAGGAAGUCCUCUCCGACAGCAAGGGCUUCGGCCUCAAAGUGUGA